GCAGUUGAUGCACUUCCCACAGCCAUUUGGGGGAGUGUCAGUGAUAUGCAGGUUCAGCCGACGCUGAGGGAGAGAAUCCGGCGGGAGCAGGCUUCUGACGAAUUUGUUCGUGUCAUUGAUGCCAAAGUCCGCGCCGAAGACGUCGAGGGUUUUCAACGAGGUACCGAUGGUGCCUUGGAGUACCGUGGCAGGAUUGUGGUGCCGAAAGUUGAGGCGUUGUGGAAAGAGAUAUUGACAGAGGCUCAUACCGCACCAUAUCUUGCCCAUCCCAAAAGCACGAAGAUGUAUCAUGACCUGAAAGGGUCAUUCUGGUUGCGAGGGAUGAAGAAGGACGUAGCCGACUUUGUCAGGAGAUGUUUUACCUGUCAGCAAGUCAAAGCCGAACAUAAGAGUCCAAUAGGCCUCCUGCAACCACUACCGAUUCCGAAGUGGAAGUGGGAAGAAGUCACGAUGGAUUUUGUCACGGGGUUACCGAGGUCGUCUGAACAUCACGAUGCUAUUUGGGUCAUGGUCGACAGAUGGACUAAGGUCGCUCAUUUCUUACCAGUUUCGCUGAAGAUGUCUUUGGAUAAGUUGGCUGAGAUUUAUACCC